AUGCGGCUCCUCUCCUCCCCCGGCCAAGCUGGCCCGGGCUGGCCCGGCUGCAAGUGCCUCUGGGAGCCACCGGCCUGGCCCCUGCCUGGGCGGACUUCCUGGCUGGAGCUUCUUGGCCUGGGCGCCCCCGGCCCCGGGCUGCAUGCCUGGCACGUGGCCGUUGGGGCAGCCCUGGCUCCGGGGGACCCGGGGAGCCUGCCCGCUGGCCGGCAGAUUCAGGGACCCCCGGCCCUGUGCCCUAAGGACAGGCAGGAAGCCUCUCCCCGCGGCUGCCUCGGGUCCAGCCGGGAAGGUCAGCAGGUGACCGGCUGCGUGAACCAGGACACGGGCGCUGUGUCUCCUCCACGGCCUGGGCUCUGGGUGGGCGGGGGGCUCCCCCCAGCUGUGACGGCGACCUGGCAGGCACCGGUGGGCUUGCACACAGCUCUCCAAAGCCGCUCCAGUGCAGGGCUUGGCCCUGGGUGGGGACGCCAGCAAUAUCCUGGGGAGCACGGGAGUGCCACAUGGGUGUCCACGAAGCAGGCGGCGCGGCCCAGCAGGGGGAUGUGCACAGACGGGGGUGCGAGGACCGCAGCUGCUCCACCAAGAGGAGGAGCGGACGAGCACCUGCUGGGGCUGGGCCCCCCGCAAGCUGCUGCGCUUCCAGGGUGGCAGUGCCCUUCCUGCUACCAAAAUGGCUUCACUCUGCCAAGCAUUUCAGGGAGCUCCAACAUCAGCCUUCCAGAGCUGUGCCACCUCAAGCCAAGAGGAGCCAGGACUUUGUACCUCACCCAUUAUCCCUCAUCAACUAGCCACAGGACACUGGCCAUCCCUGGGGAGAGGCUGUGACCUUGGAAGGUGCUCAGCCUCCCUGCGGCAGACACCAGUGCGAUGGGCUUCUGUUCUCCAUCUCCUCAGCUUGGCCUUCUCCAAAGUUUUGGCCUCCCUCCCUCCCCCGGAGGCCGCACGACCUCUACCUCCCCAGGCCUGCACUGACUGCUGAUUUCUGGAAGCUUCUCUAUC